AUGGACGACCUCCGCGAACAGAUAGAGCUCCUUGAGAGCAGUGCGAACCUCACCACCAGCCUCGACCAUGUGCAGAAGACGAUCGAUAUGCUCACGGCAGCUCGCGAGAAGGUCGCCGCCGACCCCUCAAAGGCGCCGUUGACGCUCGCAAAGCUGCAGGACCCCCUCAAGAAGACGCUGGACGCGGCACAGAAGGACUUGAAACCAAUAUACUCCGGCCUGAACAAGUACGGGAAGGCGCUGGACAAGAAGUUCAAAGACAAACCGCUCCCCAGCGCCGAGAACGAUGCCCUAUCCUCACACCCAUCCUUGAUCAAUCGAGCGAUAGCCAUGCAUCUGCUGCGAGAAGGCCAGUUCGACGUAGCCUCCACCUUCGUCGAAGAAGCACGUCGGCACCCACCGCACCCUGAGCCAACACUGAACACACCGGAUCCAUCCAGAAGGACCGAAUCUUGGGAACAGGAUCUGGCAGAAGGAACUUUCAACUCGGAGAAUCUGCAACGGCAGUUUGCAGACAUGUACCACAUCAUACACGAGCUGCGCAACGAGAGAAAUCUGGAGCCGGCGAUACAAUGGGCACGGGAGAGAAGUGAUGUUCUGGAAGCACGGGGCAGUAAUCUCGAAUUUGAGCUCUGCCGUCUGCAGUUCGUUUGCCUGUUCAUUCAAAAUCAAGAUGAUUCUAUGGACGACACACCAGCCAGUCCGUUGCGCGCCUGGAACUACGCGAGACAAGCGUUUGGCAUGUUCUCGCAACGCUAUGCGCGCGAAAUUCAGCAUCUCAUGGGCGCCAUGGCUUACUACGAGAACAUCGAAGAUUCACCAUACCAACGCUACUUCUACAACGACUCUGCAUGGGAAGAAGUAGCACACUCCUUCAACCGCGAAUUCUGCUCGCUCCUGGGUCUCAGCGCAGAUUCACCUCUAUUUAUCGCUGCGACAGCUGGCGCAAUCGCCCUGCCUUACCUGCUGAAAAUGCAGAGUAUCAUGAAACAGCGCCGCGCAGAAUGGACAACACAGAACGAGCUGCCUGUCGAGAUACCUCUACCAAGCACAUACCACUUCCAUUCGAUCUUCGUCUGUCCCGUCAGCAAGGAGCAGACCACCGACGCAAAUCCACCAAUGAUGAUGCCCUGUGGCCACGUCAUAGCCAGCGAGUCACUUGACAAGUUGUCCAAGGGUGCACGGUUCAAGUGUCCCUACUGCCCGACUGAAAGCCACCCGCGAGAUGCGAAGAAAGUCGUGCUAUAG